CAUUUAUAUAUCUGUUCACUGGGCUACGAAGGUGUCAUUCGAUCACAGGUCUUCGUGAAGCAGUUAUCAUCGCCAGCUACUACUCAACAUGUCAGGAAGAGGUAAAGGAGGUAAAGGACUCGGAAAGGGAGGCGCCAAGCGUCAUCGCAAGGUCCUUCGUGAUAACAUCCAGGGUAUCACCAAGCCCGCUAUCCGCCGCCUGGCUCGCCGUGGUGGCGUGAAGCGUAUCUCUGGUCUGAUCUACGAGGAGACCCGUGGUGUGUUGAAGGUGUUCCUGGAGAAUGUGAUCCGCGAUGCCGUCACUUAUACCGAGCACGCCAAGAGGAAGACCGUGACCGCCAUGGAUGUGGUCUAUGCUCUGAAACGCCAGGGCCGUACUCUGUACGGAUUCGGCGGUUAAGUGCAGCUGCUACUUCAAAAGUCAAA